AGAAUGGUCCAUCGAAUUAGCUGUUAAGCGGCAUUGUCGCCACAAAGGGGAGCUCAUUGACUGUGAUUGAAACAGAAUGUCUUCCUGCUCUGAAGUCAACAACUUUUUGUUGAAUCUUGGUCAAAAAUGUACCAACCUUACAAUUCUUUCCAAGGAGAUUUGUGCAAAAAAAAUCCAACAACAAUGAAGAGAAGCAAAUCUCUUCAAGUUUGUGCCAAUGCAGAAAAUGUCAAGCUUCAUGAAGCUUUUGAGACGGUUUCUGGAGCAGUAUUCAAAACCAAAGUCAAUGGAACAUUGUUCUUGGUUGCCAACCCACCACACAAAAUAUCUGAUCGUACUGGAGACUGCCUGCCACUCGUACAAAGUGUUCUGCGGGACCAGAUGAGAAUUGAGAUAUUCCCUAGUUCAAGUCCAAGGACUUAUUAUUCCCCUUACAAGAAAGAAUAGUGCCACAGAACCCGUCGUUGCCUUUCAGUAUACCUUAGCCUUGGUUUCAAGCAUUGUUUAUUUCUUUUUCUCGGCUUGAUUCCCGAUGUUCCUUUUCUUUUUCUUUUUUUU